UCAACACAACCUGCAAAGGGAAAAGAUGUUUACAGUUCGAAGCUAGUGCUGAAAAUGGAGACAUGGUACACGUGGUUACAUUAUUUUGUUUUCAAUCAGACAGGCCUCUAAUUUUACAUUUAGUACCCAGUGGCUGGAAGAAGAAUGGCGGCGGAUCGCCCAAGGCGAAGGAUCACACAACCCUGUUUGGAAUACAAUGGAGGACUUCUACACAAAGAGGAAAUUAUGUUGCGGAAAGCCAUGUAUGCCUCUCUUAUAGAAUCUAAAAAACCUUCACUGAAAAAAAUAGAUGAGCAUCCAUCUUCAAUGGAUCAUGAAGGAUGUAGUGUUAAUGGAGUACUUGAGGAUGUGGAGUUUAUCUCAGCAGAAGAAGAAAUAAAUGGUAAGCAUUGUGCCAUUCCAAAUGACGUUGACAAUAAUAAUAGUCUUAGCGUUAACCAAUUUGAAGAUGUGCCGGCCAUCGAGAUGCACAGCCCCUCAUCAAGUGAUGCAGCUACACAGAAAAAGACAAAAAUGAACAAGGAACCAAGCAAACUGUUAAAUUAUGUACUCAAGAAGAAGAAAGAGAAGAAGAAUAAGGCCAGGACUUUAUUAAGAACUCCAUCACCUUUGAAACUUCAAGCUCAUGGUGAUAUUAGAAGUAUAGACUUUUCAGGUAGAGAAGCAAAUGUCCUGAGAAAUACAUCUUGUUUAUCUCAAAAUGGGAAAGUGAAAAAGAAGAAGCGGCAAAGAGGAGCCCUAGCUGUUUUUGUAGCCAUGAAUAAAUCUGCUGGAGGGAAAUUGAACAAAAGCCAUAGUCUAGGCAAAGAACUGCUAAUGAGGGCUAAAAAGAAGAGGAAAAGAAAGCAGAAAAACAUGGAGACUCGAGUGUGUGGAGGUGGAGCAGCUGUAGGCCUUUCUCACAAUGGGCAUCCAGGUGUUGAAAGUGAGGAGUUGCCAACAAAGAAAUACAAGAAGGAGGAGAAGAAAAAGCCACACAGAAUGGUUCAAGCACAGAGAAAAUUUGCCAAGAGGCAUCCAUUAAGUCCCAACAGCAUGAGAUAUCAGGUGGACAAUAACUUAUAUGCAACUCCAUGCACAAGAGCAAAGACUGAAGAUUUCCUGACCUUUCUGUGUUUAAGAAGUAACCCUGUCUUACCAAAAGAACUAGAGGUCUUCAAUAACCCUUGUCUACCGAUGUCUCCAUUAUCAGAGGAGGAAGAAGAUGUCUCCUCGCCACCCUCCCCUGCUCCGUCACAAUCGUCAAUGUCAAACUCGUCAAGCGCCAUUCAAAUUUCUCAUUGCGACUCACCUGUCCUGUCUGUGGAUAGUCCAGCAACUGGCGAGGGGCCAUCAUGGGAGAGCGGAGUUGUGCGAAUGUACGCUGAUGGUCCGAAGGGACUGGCAGCCAAAGGCAAGGAGGAGAAGAAGUUCGAUGAACUUCUUCCGAGUGAUGAGGCAGAUAGCCCAAGAGACCUCACAAAAUCUGUGACACCACCGUUAGCUUUUAGAGUGUCUUCUCGUCCGACCAAUCUGUCAUCGCAUAGGGUAAAAGAUAAGCAGCUUCCGCGACCGAUUCCGAAACCUUUCGCUGUUAAACCCACUCUUGCAGGCUCCUUGCACACAAAGACAUCAUCUUCUCCUUUGGCGAGCAAAGUUGGUUCUUGUUCCAUUCCUCCGCCUCCCAGUCUUGUACAAUCAUCAGAUUCGUCAUCUUGUUCUCCUCCUCCUCCGCCAUUGCUAUACAUUCCUGCGGCGGCUCAGAGAGUCACUCAUCUUCACGGUCCUCCCACCCUUCAGAGAUUCCCAUCGACUUCUACGCUGGAUCAAGAAAGCACUUUGCCUUCAGAGGUAAAGCACAGGCUGACAACCAUUCAAGAUGACGGACCGCCGCCUUUAAAGAGAUUUCCGCCCAUUGAUGCGGAGCAAGAUGACGCGAAGAGAAACGACGCCUCGAAGGAGCCAUAUUUAAGAAAGGCUGCAUGUUCAGAAUUCCAGCCAAUUUCAUGGACAUCAAACAAUAGUGAAAAAAAGGACCGUGCUUCAGUUGAUACUGUUUCAAUUGAGAGAUCGAACCCUUCUGUUUGUGACUCGACUAAAAUUUCAGAGGUGGAAAAAGAGAUUGACACGAAGGCAACUCCCUGGAAGAGCAAGGAAAUGCCGCUGUUACGGAGACAUUCUUCGGCAAGUGAGGUCGCUGAUGCGCACGUUAAAGAUCACUUGCUUUUCUCAGGGGCAUCGCGUAGAAUCAAUUCGAGCAGUAGUCCUCCUCGUCUGCAGCGGGUUCCUAUCUCGGUAGAUACAGCAGUUGAAACGCAUCUCAAUCUAGUUGUCUCCUCCGGAAAUUUAAGUGAACCUAUCCGGAAGCAUAUAGAAGCUUCCAGAAGUCGCUAUUCACCGAACUUUCCGUCUCACCCUCCAAGACUGGUGAGACAUUCACCAAGUCACCUUGGAAGAAACACUAGUCCAGCAUUUCUCCAAAGUGAUUCUUUGACUCUCGGCGUUGAUUCCAGUCGGCGGCAGACUUCAUCGUUUAUUGAUUUAGCUUCCUCUAAACCUGUUAUUGCGCAGUCUUUUCAGGAAACGCCUUUCGAAAGAACUAUUCCCGUUGUCGAGUCUCUAGUUUCAGCGAGAAAUUCUCCGCUGUUUACGUCUAGUCAGUCCAGUUACAAAAGUACUUACGUUUUCUCAAAUCGCCAGACGUAUGUGCAGCCAGAAAACGAAACGAGACCGUUGCCAAUCAGCGCCUUGAUGAUGCCCACUGCCAAUGGUUUAAACGCCUCUGGAAAUCAGGUCGAAGUUAAUGCCAUGCGACUUCAAGUAGAUGGUGGUUUCAGCCGAUUGAACGAGCGGCAGCUGACGCGCCCUGUGCAAAGUCCGUGUCCAAGCCCUUCCUCGUCCUCGUAUAUUCAUCGGGGAGCAAAUUUCAGUAUCACGCCGGAAAAUAGACAGCUUAGUAAUUCUCCUGUGGGAUUUAAGAGAAUCCCAUCUCCAAGAUCCGACUUGUUCAGCGGCAUGUCAUCAGCACCAGUUGACUAUUCAUAUAUGUCGCACGCUGGCCCUAAAAUAGAUUCUGCGGUUUCGGGAGGUAAACCGUUGGCUUUCCAGCCCAGCUUUAGACAAAAAGAAAACUCCCUAGGAGGCUUGCCUCCUACGUGGUCUCAUUUACAGUCUCCCUAUUCCAUAUCAUCCGCUGCUUCUCGUAGUUCACCAAAACCGUACACUUUCUCUGCAAAUCUCUCGCAGGCUUCGCGCCAUUCUGGGUCAUAUUCUGUUUUGCAUUCAAACGCAGGAACGUUAGAAAGAUAUUCCGUUGGUCCGUCUGGAUCGAGUGAUUGUCAGUACGUGUCAGUUAUUCAACGCGCAAAUGCCAACAAAGGCGAACCAUCACGGCGUGAGAUUUGGACAGGCGAACAAGAAAAUAUCAAAACAUUUCAAUUGCCAAAGGCAUUUCAGGGAGGCGAUAUGCGAACUGAUGCAAACUCAAAUGCCUUUUCAACCAUAGUUGCAUCGCCAGAUGCAUCCAGGAGGGAGCAAUCAUUCAAGGAUCAUCAUAAACAAAUACAAUUUUCUGUGAAAAAUUCCGACACUGUUAACUUGAACCGGCAAACGCCAAGCGUAUCAAGCAAUCGUGAUACGGAGAGGCCGCCAACUUCGGACUCGCCCAGGUUAAAAGCAAAGAAAGACAAAGUUUCGGGUUCAAUGAAAUGUGUCAAUGCAGGUUCCAAGGUGAAUAGUCCGCAAAAAAAUGUCAAGAAAACUCAAGGUUCCAAGCAAAAAGAGACGGUGUACUCUCUUCCAGACAAACCAAACGAUUCGCCGGUGUUUUAUCCGAGUGAAGAGGAAUUCCGUGAUCCUGUUGCAUACAUAAACAUGAUACGCGGCACCGGAGAAAAGUUUGGUAUCUGUGUGAUUUGCCCUCCUGAAUCUUGGAAGCCCGAGUUUCAGGUGUCAGACAAUUUGCGUUUUAAUAGCGAGUGUCAGUUGAUCCACAGACUUCAAGACAGGUGGGGUCCUGUGGAGGAAGAACUGGCUUGCAUCCGCAAACAUCUUGAUCAGCAGUCCAUUUCUCUUGUGCCCAUGCCUCAGAUUGGUGGAUUAGAACUUGAUCUUCCUCAAUUUUCCAGAGUAAUUAAACAAUUUGGAGGACUGCAGAAGGUUAUCGACAGCAAAAAAUGGACGAAAAUUGCUGAAGUGAUGAAAAUUCCUCGAGCGGCUCAAGACAGAAUAGGAAAGUUACAGGAUAUCUAUUGCAAAUACUUACUCUCAUACGAUCUGCUUCCGCAGGAAGAAAAAGUUAAAUUGUUGCAACAGGUCCACUCGGAGAGGGAAGGUAGCACCCCCUGUGGUACGUUCAAGAAUUCGUGGUCAGUGAAGGGUCGUAACUUGUCUGUGGUACCAUUCCAAAGACUUGCACGCAAUGUACAGGAGCAUUUUUUCAAGAAGCCACCUUUGGCCAACGACGUAGAGCGGGAAUUCUGGAAGAUUGUCCAUAAUCGUGAGAACUAUAUUUCUGUUCACCGUGGAAGUGUAGACACAAACCAGGAGAACACCGGCUUCCCAACUGAAAAAGGGAACGCUUAUUCAAAGAUUGGAUGGAACCUGAACGUUCUUCCUCAUUUGCCCGGUUCAGUUUUGAAACACCUGGGAUUUGUUCAAGAUGUAACAGUGCCUUGGCUUCAAUUCGACAUGAUUUUCUCUGUGAUAUCCUGGCAAACACAUCCUCUUGCCCUUUACACGGUGGAUUACCUCCACAACGGAGGGGAGAAAAUCUGGUAUAGUGUUCCGGCUGGAGAGAGGAAAAACUUUCUAUCUGUCUUUGGCCAAAGGCAAAGCGGAGAAAAGACAACAGAAAUAGAGAAAAUGGUUUCUCCCAGCAGUCUCUCGGACAACGGAGUAACGGUUACAAGAGUGGUACAAAAAGAGGGACAAUUCGUGAUCGUCUUUCCUGACGCGUAUUACAGUAGCAUCAGUUGCGGGUAUUCUAUUUCUGAAGCAGUGGCCUUUGCAACCCCUAACUGGGUUAUGCUCGGGUAUAAACGCUACAAGGAAUUGCAGGGCACCCCUUGGUGGAGCGAGUUUGCGUUCGAGAGGCUGUUGCUCGGCCUUGCUGAAGAGCUGAAUGUGGAAAACCAGGAAGUGCUUCAGUGUUUGCUGACGGAGCUUAAGUCUGUGAGGGAUGAAGAGAAAUCCUUUAUGGUCCAGCUUCUAGAACUCGGUUUGGUUGAAACGCAAGUCGACAACGACAGAAAAUUUUCAGGGUCACCUGGAGGUAGGAAAGGCAAAAAGUCGAGCACAAACUGGCCUCAAGCUGAAUCAAGCUGUGUUUUAUAUUGCGAGGUCUGUGACCGUCCGUGCUACGUCUCAGCGGUAACAAGUGAAGAUGAUCCUCAAGUACUCUGUUUAAAACACGCCGUGGAACACAUCCGUCAGAGGGCUUCUCCUGAGGGAUUUAAAAUUUUGACCAGACAUGAUACGUCUCGACUGGAAGAACUUGUACGCAAGGUUGAGGAAAAGCUAAAAACCCUGCAAACUCCACAAACUGCAAAGUAAAAGAAGAAGAACUUUUCAAACGUCUCCAACGAAUUUCCUGGAACGAAAGUAUAAUUGUAAGGCAAGAUGAACUUUGCAAGAGUCUUUCAGAAAUAAAUGUACUAGCCCCCUCCCCCCAUUCUGUGUUGUUCCGAGAUACUUAUUCUGUGUAUUUCAGCACAAUCCUAAUCUGGAAGGGACUCAUUUUUUCGAAAACACUCAAUACUGGUAUAUUAAAUUUUAUUUACUGUUAGAUGAGUUAUUCUGUAUAUGUUUGUUUGUCCUGUUUUCUCGUUACCUUUUUGUUGACAGACACUCAGCCCAAUGUACCCAUUUUAAUUUUGUUUUGUGUUCUUGUUUUGUCUUAUUUGUUUGCUUUUUUUAAUUCGAACUCUUUCAAAGUUUCUUUUGCUAGAUUUAAUCUACUGGUUGGUUUUUUUGGGUCAGAAUGUACCGAGAGGUGUAAACGUCUUAAAGUGAAAGAAAAUAAAAAGCAAAAACUAAUAGUUGCUUUAGAGGCAAGUGAAUAUAUAAAAAACAAAAAUAAUCUUUUAUCAGGAACAGAUUUGAAAUAUUAAAUUCAAUGCUCACAAAGAUGAACUAGGUUAAAGUUUAUAAAUAAAUGAAGAAUUUUACGUGAA